AUGUCGCUAAAAAUUUAUGAUUGGCCAACCGGACCUUUUCCAGCUAGAGUUAGAAUUGCAUUAGCAGAAAAAGGAUUACUUGAACAAGUUCAAUUUGAAAGAAUCAAUCUUUGGAAAGGUGAACAUAAGACUGCUGAAUUUAAGGCUAAGUUAAGUUAUUCAGGUACUGUUCCAGUUCUUGAAUUAGAAGAUGGUACUAUUAUUGCUGAAGUGAAUGCUAUUAUUACUUUCUUAGAUAAUCUUGAUGAUGACCAAUCACUUACUGGUCGUACUCCUGCCCAAAAGGGUAUUAUUCUUAAUAUGACUAGAAGAGCUGAAUUAGAAGUUCAAGAAGUUAUUAGUACUUAUUUCCAUAAUGCUACACCAGGAUUAGGACCUGAUGUUGAGAUCUAUCAAAACAAGGAAUGGGGUUUAUACCAAUUAGCUAAGGGAUUAAGAGGAUUAAGACAUUUCGAUGAACUUUUACAAAAGCAACCAUAUGUUGCAGGUGAUGAAUUCUCUAUGGCUGAUAUUGCUCUUGUUGGAGGUAUGUUAUUUGCUGCUAUGAUUGAUGUUGAAGUUCCAUCCGAUUUGACUGCAUUAUUUGCAUGGUAUAAGAGAGUUCAAGAACGUCCUAGUGUGAAACAACAAAUUGAUCGUGGAUUUCUUGAUGGUAGUAAACUUUAG